AUGUCUCGAAGACCAACAGAUGUGGCGUCGAAGGAGCGCAAUGAGUACAUCCCCGCCUUUAUCUCCAAGAAGCCUUUCUACGUCGACGAUGAGUCUUCCGCAAAUGACUACCUCGAGCAUCAGCGACUCCAGAAAUCCAAGACAGAGCAAAAAUGGUACGAGAGAGGGAAGCGUGUAGGACCAGCUGCGACCAAAUAUCGCAAAGGCGCAUGCGAGAACUGCGGCUCCAUGUCUCACAAAGUUAAAGAGUGUCUGAGCAGACCAAGGAAACUUGGAGCGAAAUGGACGGGGAAAGAUAUACAACCAGACGAAGAGAUUCAAAAAGUGGACCUAGAUUGGGAUGCGAAGCGGGAUAGAUGGAACGGUUAUGAUGCUUCGGAAUAUCGGAAUGUGGUGGAGGAAUAUGAAGAGCUGGAAGCGUUGAAGAGACAAGCGAAGGAUCGCACAGAGAUGAAAGAGCUACGAACUGGCGACGAUGACGAGGAAGAUUAUGAGGGAGACGACGGUGCUGAGGAGGCUAGAUAUGCAGAGGAGUCUGAUAUGGGCCGUCAACAGAGUACCGCCACACGUAACCUACGUAUACGAGAAGACACUGCGAAAUAUCUCCUCAACUUGGAUCUUGACUCCGCUAAAUAUGACCCUAAGACCCGCAGGAUGGUGGAUAUGGGCGCACAGUCGGAUCUGGCUGCAGCUCUGGUAGCGGAAGAAAACUUCAUUCGGGCCUCAGGAGAUGCUGCUGAAUUUGAACGAGCUCAGCGAUACGCGUGGGAAUCUCAGGAGCGUGGCGAUAAAGACAGACAGCACCUUCAGGCAAAUCCUACAUCGGGCGAGUAUUUCAGAAAGAAAGAAAAGGAGCAGGCGGAAGAAAAGCGCAAGGCUCAACGAAAGGCGUUGCUAGAGAAGUAUGGUGGCGAGGAACAUCUACAGCCAGCUCCCUUGCGCGAAGCUGCAGUUAUUGAGAACGAACGAUUUGUCGAGUAUGAUGAGACAGGAGCUAUUAAAGGGGAGCCCAAAAAGGUUGCGAAAUCACGCUAUGCUGAGGAUAUACUCAUCAACAACCACACCUCGGUAUGGGGCAGUUGGUGGUCAAACUUUGUAUGGGGCUAUGCGUGUUGUCAUUCUACAGUGAAAAACAGCUAUUGUACUGGGGAGGAAGGGAAGACUGCGUUUGAGGAGGCUCAAAAUAUGCUACUUAAUGAUAUGGAAAAGGCUGGAGAGGAAGAGGAGGUACGGGGAGAAUCAGAGAAAGAUAUCUCGAAGGAAGCAUACCUGCAGGCAAAGAAGCGUGAUAAAACCGGCCCUGAUACAAAGCUCGGGAAACGGACCCUCCAAGAGAUGCGGCAGGGGGUUACCGAGGAGGAGCUUGAAGCUUACAAGAAAUCGAGAAGUGCGGCAGCUGAUCCAAUGGCGGCGUAUCUCGGGAAGGAUGAGCUGGUUCGAUGA